AUGGAGUGGACACCACUUGUGAAGGCCCAAGAUCGGGUAAAAUCAUGGAUAAAUCCAACGGAUUUCGAUGUUCAGAAGUUGAGAGGUUUAUUGCAGGGGAAUAUUAUAUCUUCAACUGUUGGGGAAGUUUGCGCUUACAGACUUCUACUCCAGGACAUAAGAGGCGGUGAACUACCCUCAUACGUGCCUGAUAUUCUUAUCGUAUCGAUGUCGGCAUUGGAAGCUAUUGUCACUCCCUUUGUGAGCUGGUGGGGUUUUAAGAACAGGAGACUCCUCAUGAUAUCCUACACUCUUAUGGUUAUACUGACAACUACCACCUUGUACUUUUUACCAUCAGCGGCUGUCAGAGAAGAGUCAGAGUUCUGUGACGCGGCUAACUCAAACAACGACUUGUCCUUCGUGGGUAUGAGUGCGCGGUCAAUAAUACGCCUAAUAUUCAUUAUCUUUUCGAUCGCGGCCUUCCAGUUGAACCGAGUGGUCACUUGGACACAUGGGAUUGGAUACAGUGAUGAGUACGCACCUGAAAGAACUAGCGUACACUAUGGAGCCCUACUUCUGGUGCGUGUGGUAAUUUUGGUUAUUGGUAAUCGUAUGGUGGCUGAUCUGUUGGACAACCUUCAGCCGCUCCAAAUUUCGAUGGUACUCUUCGGUUAUGUAGUCAACUUCUUCAAGUUCUUCUGCGUCCUUCCCAAACACGCUCCUGAAGUUGAUGGCGUGCAGAAAACUCAACUUCCAGUUAUAGGACGAAGUUUUCCUCUAAGCAUGGCCCGUGUGUUGUCUCUCUCGCUGGUGUUAAAGCAGUCAAUGGCGGCUGGACUUUUAGCAGCUGCGCUGUGGGGUAUAGGAUACAGUCAGGUCCAGAUCGCCAAGAUAAAGUUCCUCGUAGCUCCCAGCGCUAGUAUAGGUUUGGCUGAAAUUCUGCUCAUGGUAUUCAUCGUAUUUCCCGUGGCUCUUGCAGGUGUAAAGUUUUCAGUUCCAGUGCUGAUGGAAUACUGUAAGAAGAAAGCUCUGAAACAAAUAGUUAUCAUGACUGCCUUCGCGUUUAAAUUUCUGGUUCUACUCAUCGCGUUACCCAAGUGUGAUAGAGGGAAAGUGUCUGGUUUGGGAGACUAUUAUUACGACCAUCCGCAGUGUAGCUUUUCUUGUGGCUGUAAGCCCACGUGGUCGGAGUUCAACCCUGUUUGUGUGACAGACAACAUGACACCUAUCUCUCUCCUUGUCACGCGGGGUGCAGCAGCUCAGAAACGAUUAAUGGAGUGUUUGUUGGCUUUCCAAGCUCAAGGUGUCUUAAUCCUCAAAACAGUGGAUCCAAGAGACAAAUCCGUGGCCACGGGGUUGCUUCUAUCCGUGGUCGUGAUGAUCUCAUUCGUUUGUGGUCAUCUGUUAUUUAUGUCUAUACGAGUGGCGACGUGCAGUUGGUACGAGGGUGGUGAGUGUCAUCUUCAGAGCGAUCUUUAUCCAACCGUGGUCGGCUUCACGAGCUGUUUCUUCGCUUUCCUAUCAGCUGUCAUAAGUACCGUCUCCUUAGUUUUAUGGAAGAUCCGAAGUCAUCAACGCACUCCGUCAGGGUCCCGGGAUUUUAAAGAGGCGACAAAACGAGAUGCCCUUGCUCGUCUGGAAGUGGAACUGGAAAGACUUCUGUCUUCUGUCCCUGACCCAAAAAAGCCUUUAGUGGAGAAAGAGUUCGCGGGAUUCAAGAAUCUAUUUAGCAGAUUCCUCGCAGAACAGGGUCCGUCUGUCACGUGGGAGAAAAUCCAGAAACUUCCAGAACAUGCUGUCAUUGACUACUCCACGCUUCAAACUCCCACCACCGAUAGCAUUCACCAUAUGCUGGAUAAAUUAGUAGUGGUCAAAUUAAAUGGAGGGCUAGGUACCUCCAUGGGAUGUAAAGGACCCAAAUCGGUCAUACAAGUCAGAAAUGACCUGACUUUCCUUGAUCUGACUGUGCAACAAAUUGAGCAUCUGAACAAGACGUACAAAUGCAACGUGCCCUUAGUGCUCAUGAACUCGUUCAACACGGACGAGGACACGUUGAAAGUUAUUCGCAAGUACCGCGGCUUGAAACUAGACAUCCACACUUUCAACCAGUCCUGCCACCCAAGGAUCAACAGGGAGUCCUUACUGCCGCUGGCCAAAGACGCUGAUGUACACUCGGAUAUAGAGGCUUGGUACCCCCCCGGUCACGGAGACUUCUACGAAUCUUUCUACAAUUCUGGUUUACUGGAUAAAUUUAUCAAAGAAGGCAGGACGUACUGCUUCAUCAGCAACAUAGAUAAUUUGGGGGCGAACGUCGAUUUGAACAUCCUUAAUUUAUUGUUAAAUCCAGACCAGAAGGAACAAUCCGAAUUCGUCAUGGAAGUCACUGAUAAAACAAGAGCUGAUGUCAAAGGUGGUACUCUAAUACAGUAUGAAGAUAAACUUCGUCUGCUAGAAAUCGCUCAGGUGCCUAAAGAACACGUGGAUGAUUUCAAAUCAGUUAGCCAGUUCAAAUUCUUCAAUACCAACAAUCUAUGGGCUAAAUUGGACGCGAUUAAGAGAGUCGUAGAACGAGGAUCCUUGAACAUGGAGAUUAUCGUGAAUAAUAAAAGUCUAGCUGACGGUGUGAAUGUAAUACAACUGGAAACAGCAGUGGGGGCGGCUAUGAAAUGUUUUGAAGGCGGCAUCGGGGUCAAUGUACCCCGGAGCAGAUUCUUACCGGUCAAGAAGACCUCGGAUUUAUUGUUGGUGAUGUCGAAUCUAUACAGCCUGUCUCACGGGUCGUUAGUGAUGUCUUCUCAAAGAAUGUUCCCGUCUACUCCAUUGGUGAAGCUUGGUGAUAACCACUUCGCUAAGGUUAAGGAGUUCUUGAACAGAUUCGCUACGAUACCUGACCUGAUUGAAUUGGACCACCUCACUGUCUCUGGAGAUGUGACUUUCGGCCGCGGCGUGUCUUUAAAGGGCACGGUAAUAAUAAUAGCCAACCACGGCGAACGUAUUGACAUCCCAUCAGGAGCGUUGCUGGAAAACAAAAUAGUAUCAGGAAAUCUCAGGAUAUUGGACCAUUAG